GCUGCUGGACUGGGCGGUUCAAGUGGCCUGCAAUGACCUGCCAUCUUUUAUGUCAUUACAUGAAUUCUCAUGGAUUCACUUCCCAAACGCCUUCCCACGGAUUGAAAAGAAAAUUAGAACUCUACGUUCUCAUUACAAGUUUGGUUCGGUCAUUCCUUGCUUUCAAGGGAUUUCCUUCCUGUUUCUGACUCCUAAAAUUUCUCCCUCUUACCAACGGCAGUGUCUUCUCACUGUGUCACCUUCAAUUUCAGUCUUUGGACAACCCAUCGGUUUCGAACUGAAUCCUUCAUUUUCUUGAUUUUAAAUGAGAGAGUAUGGAUUUAUGGGUUGUGGCAGCAGCUGCUGGCGCCGGUUAUGCCGCGAAGCAUUGGCGCAACAUCUCGUCUCAGGAAAGGGAAGAGUCUUCAUCUGAGCCAUUUUGUAAUGACUUUAGAUUUAGACAAGCCAAAUUGAAGAGCUUUCUACAGCAAAUCAGGGAGUCUCCUUUGCACAGACUGGCUCUUGCCCAAGUCGAUGACCAUAAUGCUUUCGGGGGCAAGUUUUGGGAAUUCGACAAUUUCAACGGCGAUCAUGAAGAGAGAAAGAGGCCUGCAAAUUUGGGUAGCCAUCUUAAUCACGACGUACUAUCGCUGAUUAGUUACCAGCCAAGCUUACCUGAACAUGAGAGUCCUCAUGAAUUCGGAGUGGUUAUCCAAGGACAUAGAGAGUCUGGUGACGAGUUUUUUCAGGGUUCAAGAGCUAAAAAAGGCAGUAGGUCCAAUGGGAGCAGGCAGUUUAGGAUUGCUGUGUCUGAUGAAAUAGCACUCGAGCCUGUCGAUUCAUUCGGGGAUUUCAUCGAUAUCGAUGCUCAGUUUUAUAGUGAAUAUGUUAGAACCAAGAGGAGUGAGCAUGACACGCUCGUAUCGCCCUCUAAAUCUGUGGUGGGGCCUCUGCUGGUUACUGAUGGGAGCCAAAUAAUCAUAAGCAGGACCAGCGGCGGUUUCUAUGUGGAGAGCGAAAAUGGGAGAAAGAUGCGUCGAGAAGAAGGUGAAUUGAAUCAGGUAGAGACAGUUUCAAGACAUUUGGAGCUUCCCGAGAUUGGUACCCAAAAGUCGUCGAGAAGACAGAAGCCAAGUACUGGCAAGAGGAGUUCUACAGGGUCAAGCUCUAGCGUAAGCGCAUUUGCCAGUUCAUUGCAAUCACAAGGGUUCUCCAAUCGAAUGAUGCUUUUCUCUCUCGGUUUAACAAUUGGCGUGAUGACCAGUGUAGUGGCAAAUAAGAGGGAAGUGGACCUAUUAGAUGAGAGGUUGAGGCAAGCACAAAACCUAGUUCAGGAUCUACACGAGGAGCUUGAAAUGAAGGACCUGUUAACUGUGGAGGAGAUCAACGCCGAUGGUCCAAGGAUCCCCGGAACCGGUGCUCACCCUUUUGUCAAUGGGACAAUGACCGCAUCUUCCCCUGUCGAUGAGAUGGAUAACUCCUCGAAGGGUCAUAUGAGAGAGCCGAAUGAUGGUGCAGCAGAGAAGUCUGAUGCAAUGAGAGAAAUUGAGGCAGAGCUUGAAGCUGAACUAGAGAGGUUGGAGCUGAACGUGAAGCUGACUAGCGUGAAGAACGCAUCAGAUUUUGUUGAGGGAGAUCUAAGACCAGGAGGAGUCGAUUCCCAGCUAGAAAGUAUAUUAAAAUCUGACCACAAUGUCAGUGGGAGUUCAGACGGACGACCUUGCUCACCGAAUUAUGCUGUAUCGCCUCAAGACCUGAGUUUGCGUCUUCAUGAGUUAAUCGAGUCGAGGCAUGAGGAACGCAUUGCUGAACUUGAGGCAGCCCUCGAAGCUAGCCAGAAGAAGUUGCAAUUCCUACUAUUCGAGAAUGAAAACUGUCAAAGAGAUUCAAUUGGUGCUAUUGCAUCAACAUCAUCUGACCAGGAGAGCCCGGCCCUACCCAACGACACUUGCGAGGCUAUUGCACCAACAUCAUCUGACCAGGAGAGCCCAACCCUACCCAACGACACUUGCGAGACAGACGGACCCUUGGUUGCAGAAUUGUUGGUGGAAUCUCUGGAUGCAUAUAAGGAGGCUCGAGGAGAGAGUACCAGGAUAAGUCAAUUAGAUGGAGCAGAUCAAACACAUAGUAGAUACAGCAUUGAGCAUAAAGAGAUGGAAUCGCAUUCUCUUCAGGAAGACCAAAUCAACCGGGGAGAUAAUUUAAGCACAACUAAGGCCGACAAAGGGAGAUAUCCAGGUAGUCUUCUUCAUGAAAAUGACAAAAACGGUAUGGAAUGGACACCAAGGAGCUGGGGAUCAAGUUAGAUGAGUGCAGAGACAUGUGGGAGAUAUCUAUAAGGAAAGUUGAAUGUCAACGGCAUAUGUGGUGGAUCAAAGGACCUAUUUUAUCGAUAAAUUGAUAUCACUAAACAACGGUUAACUUGUGAUAGAUUUCUACUUCCCGUAAUUAUUGACAAUCGAUGAGGCAUCCA